AGCUCCAGCUCGCCGACUGUCAUCAUCAUCAUCAUCAACCGUUUACUACGUACUUCUUUCCAUCCAGUAUACGGAGUAUUGCCUCCAUAUCUCAAACCUCCGUAGUCAAUGCACCAUGAUGGUAGUGGUGCUGUUGUACGAGCCCAUGAAUCGUACCAUUCUUCCCCCACAUCCAGACUGCCGCCCCCCUCGGGAGAUCGCUCUCUCCGGGGUCUCGUCCGCUCUCAUUGCGUGUCUUUGGCUUCUCUUCUCUCAAUCCUUCAAUCAACCAUCCCGUUCAAUCAAAUCUACCCAUUCCCGCCGCCCCGAAUGCGAACCAUUCAGCAUCAGUGCAAGGGUAGCGAGACGCUGCUCAUAUCCAGACCAGGCGUGCAGCCUGUCCAUAGACGCAACUGAUCGGUCUGGUACCUUGGCGUACCUGGCUCAAGCCAUUACCAGCUGCACUACAGAAACCUACAGGCAGAGACGCCUGCUAUUUUGCCUCCAUUGACCUAUCACAUGAUCCGAAUCCAGAUUGAGCAAUUCUUAGAUUUCAGCUAGGCUUGGGAUCAGCGCGACUGGUUUACCCCUGGGCCACCAUUAGGCCCCAGUCUUCAACGUCCAGUCUCCCGUCAAGCACCGGGACGAGGUAAUUCUCCUUGUCCUCGUACGUUCCAACUGACAAGACAAACGCAACUCGUACGUCGCC